AUGAGCUCUAAACUGAAAUAUCACAUGUGUCGUGAAUGUAAACAACGUCACAGUUGCCUCUUUAUUUGAGCAAAUGUUGGUGCUUUUCACUUUGUCCUCUUGUCAGUUUCUCCUCCCCCUGUUCCUGUGUCUCUCUUUCCCAGCAUUCAGUUCAUUGACCUUCUGUUUGUUUUCUGAACGAUCUUCUAAUGUGAAAGAGCUGAACGCUGACAAACGACAAUGUCUUGGGUCUUCUGGAAUUUUCUUUUCUUGUUUCUAAUACACUGUGUGAACUCAGAAGUCUUUCUCCAUACUCAAGAUGCCAGUCAGGUCCUGAGCCGGCGCAGGCGUGCCAACACCAUGUUCGAGGAGAUGAAAAAGGGAAACAUGGAGCGUGAGUGUGUUGAGGAGCGCUGCAGUUAUGAGGAAGCCAGAGAAAUCUUUGAGGAUGUUAAAAAGACGGAUGAGUUCUGGCACGUGUAUUUUGAUGGAGAUGCGUGUUUGUCCCACCCAUGUCUCAAUGCCGGCGAGUGUAAAGAUACGAUCGGGUCAUACACUUGUUUCUGUCAACAAGGGUUUAAGGGCUACAACUGUGAGAUUGUUAUUCUUGCGCUCUGUGAGAGUGAAAACGGAGGCUGUGAUCAUUUCUGCAGGGUGGAGCAGAAUUACGUCACCUGUUCAUGUGCUAAAGGCUACCAGCUGGCCUCUAAUGGGAAGUCGUGUCUUUCUAAUGAUCCUUUUAAAUGUGGCACCGUCCAUCUUCAGAAGACCAGAAGCAUCUUAAACAACAUACACAUCAACAGCACUGAGAAUGAAGAGGAGAUGCAUGUAGUGACCACCGUCGAGCCUGUCGUAGAUUUCACAAACCCUCCCAGCAAUGAGACAAACAGCAUGUUUGGCCUCUUCGAGCCGGAGAUCAUCAAUCCAGUGGAGGAGGAGGAACCAAUUCUGCCUGAAUCAUCUGGGGGAAACACGCUAAUCGUGAAUGGUGUAGACUGUCUUCCUGGAGAGUGUCCAUGGCAGGCUCUUCUUAUUAAUGAAGACAACACUGGCUUCUGUGGUGGCACCAUCUUAAAUGAGUACUUUGUCUUGUCGGCCGCUCACUGCAUGAAUCAGUCACUCUCCACCCGCGUGGUUUUAGGUGAGUUUGACACGCUGGUCAAUGAGGGUCGAGAGGUCACGCACGAUGUAGACGAGAUUCUGAUUCACAAGAACUACAUGGCUGACACCUAUCACAAUGACAUCGCUCUCAUCAAGCUCAGCAAACCCAUCAAAUUCACCAAAUUCAUCAUCCCUGCCUGCCUGCCAGAGCACGACUUCGCUGAGCGUGUACUGAUGCAUCAGGAGGAUGGCAUGGUGAGUGGUUUUGGUCGCGUGCGUGAGGGCGGCCUUCAGUCCACCAUCCUCCAGAAGUUAACGGUGCCAUACGUCGACCGCAGCAAGUGUAUUGAGUCCAGUAAGUUUAAAAUCUCCACCCGCAUGUUUUGUGCCGGAUACGACCAAGAGGAGAAAGACGCGUGUCAGGGUGAUAGCGGUGGGCCACAUGUGACACGCUACAAAAACACAUGGUUCGUCACAGGCGUGGUGAGCUGGGGUGAAGGAUGUGCACGGAAGGGCAAGUACGGCGUCUACACGCAGGUCUCCAAGUACAUCACGUGGAUCCAUAAUGCCAUGUCCAAAGUCAUGCCACAGAUGGAAGCUUCUCUAAAACCCAGACCAAAGCGAGAGCUGCUUCAGAAGACACCCAUACGAAGAGUCUAAAGAAAAAAUCAAUACUAUUUACUAUCUUAAUUCAUUUUGAUUCAUCAAUGUCAUUAUUCUGUUUGUCUUAAUAAUCUUUUAUAUGCAUGUAUAAAUGGUGCAUUCAAGUGAUGUUGGAUAGUUUGUAUUUAUUAGUUGAAUGCACACAAAAUUGUAAUUAUGAGUGGAAAGCUCUAAACUUUCUUUGAUCUGAGUUGGGUCAACAGUGAGAAAAUAUUUAGGAUGCAUUGGAUGCAGCAUCUGUAUUGAUGGAAAAUUUGUUAAAACAAAUUCAAAUUGAUAUGUUUUCAAUAAAACUAAGUUGCAUGUAUAAAAUACCAUUGCCUUGACAAUGACGAUAGAAAAUACGUUACUAUUUGAAUAUUUGAAUUUAUAGAGCCUUCAUAAAUUGAAUAACAACUUACAAAAGAAAAACACUAUCAAAGCAUAUUUUUAUUCAUAAUGUUUUAGAAUAAAUGUUUUAGUUAAAUAAAUAUGAAUUUUAUAUUGUACGUCACCAUUUUGCUCUGACCAAAGUGACAUGAAUGCAGCUGAUGACAUAAUUACGCUUUUCCAACUCAUUUAUUCAAAUUUUCCAGGAGGACUUGAAUGCACCAUAACUUACUCUGGUUUAUGAACAAUAUAAUAAAAUCCUCAUUGAUAAAGUAAUGUUAUUUCUAGUUGGAUCUUGUUUUGGUCUGAAAUGUCACAUUAUGGAAGGUUUGUCAAUGCUGUUGACUGUCAUCCAGAUGAGAUUUCAGUUUUAAUAAAGACGACACUUGAUUUUA